AUGAUCCAACCUACUGCUAUUGAACCGAAACUACAUAUCUCUGCCAACUACUUCCGUGACUUGCGCCACAACGAUGGUUUAUCUAACGAAAUCUCUGCAGUAUCCUUCUCUCACAACGGACGCAUAUUCGCCUCCUUGAAUAUCUCGAACUCGAUCGCUAUUUUCGAUGUCAUCCUCUCUCGUCUCAUAUGCACUAUUCAACUGGCCGUCACAGCCAUUGCAUCAAAAUCAAAGGCCUCGAUGGAAUUUUCACCUGAUAAUUCAAACCUAGCUGUUUUGGCUGGUAGUACCUUGUCUGUAUGGAAUUUGCACCGUCAAGAAUGGCUGCAAGGAUUUGAUGCGACUUUUGAUAUCAAUACGCUGUGCUGGGUUACUGAACAUAAGCUAGUCACUGGUGAUAUCAAUGGCAGUAUAAGGAUUUGGGAUAUCCAAGACGCCGAAGCAACUACUCGGGCUUCGCCACAACCACUAGACUCGAUGAUUACUGCCGUCAUUCCACGUAAACAAAAUAACUCCCGUGACUUGGUAGUUACUACUUUGAAUGGCAUCGUAUACACCAUGUCCUAUCCAGCUCUAGAAAUCACAAAGGAAACAGUCUUAUCAGCCCGAGUCACCUCCGCAUCCAUGCUCUCCGAAGGAUUCUUGAUCGUGGGUAGUACCGACGGCCGUGUAGGAAUCCUCAACCACGGCGCUAAUACACCACGAAUGAUAAAGGAGAACAACAUUGUCUGGAUGAGUCUAGGUAACAAGAUCAACGCCAGCGACUCUGAAAUAAUCUCAAUAAAAGUACAAUCUCCCCAUUGGGGUCUAGCAUUGUCAGCCAAGGGCAAAAUUACUAUUUGGGAUUUACGAAAUCGCAUGAUUUCGCUAAAUUUGAAUCAGUAUACACUUCCUGGUCGUAAAAUCACUUGUAUGGGAUUGUCACGACAUGGACUUGCUGCUAUGGGCAUGAACGAUGGACAAGCCAAGCUCUAUAAGAUGGAGUGGGUACAGCCAGGACAUCGUAAGCUAGGCUCUCAAAGUACUGGAAGCGCAAGUGCUGCAAACGGAGCAGGAAAUGAUAAUGCUGCUGCCGCUAAAUUGUUGGCUAUGGCUGCUCUACUCAUUACUCGUAAACCGGAAUCUGGAAAUGGGAAUAUAGAAAACAACAACAACAACUCUGCUACACCUACUCGUAAUGUAAAAUCUGGUAAACUGCCAACACGUGCUCGAAAGGUAUCUGAUCGUGAUGAUGAUACAGAAGAUGAUGAAUAUGAUGACGAAACUGGUGACGAGGAAGGUGAAUCUGAUGAGGAAUAUGAGCCACGUCCUAAAUAUAGAAAAGUCACUACUGCUGCUCGUAACGGGCAAGCUUGUGGUGUAUCUGCAUCUAGGAUUUUGACCAAUCGAAAUCACAAGGAACAACCAGCUCGUGUUGCUGUCUGGAAGGACUACCGAGUUCACAUCAUUGCCAAAGAAUACGGGAAUUUAAGCACUCCAUCGGUGGUAGCAUUCGCGGAUCCAACUCAUCUGGUUGGGAAGGAUGCCAUAGCUCUCACAAUCAAUCCAAGCAACACAGUACGCAACGCCAAGAGAUUGAUGGGACGUCAAGUCGCCGAUCCUGAAGUACAGUCUGACAUUGUCAACCAUGAAGGCAAACCGUUUGUACAAGUGGAAUUUGGAGGUACAACCAGAACUUUGGCUCCUGAAGACAUCUUGUCUGUAAUAAUGCUAAAGAUGAAGGAAAUCACCGAAGCCUACUUGGGCAUUCCUGCCACCUUCAACUAUUCUCAACACAUGCUAGUAAAACAAGCUGUUGUGAUGGUUUAA